AUGGAUUCAGACGAUAUUGUCCCUGAUUCCACUCAAAUCUUUGAGGAGGAUCUGGAUGAAAAAUAUCCAAAUCGUCCACAUAAUCAUUCUAUAACUCUUCCAUUCCACGAGCUCUACUUGAAUUUGUUCGAUCCACUCAGCAAUAUCAAAAAGAAGCCAAUUGGAAGUGCCCCUUCUCGACGGAAAGUUGGACCUCAUAACAAAAAUACAGCAGGACUAAAUCCAUUUGAGCUUCGACGCGAUGUCAUCACUCGAUUUAUUUCGCGAUGGCGCAACGAAGUGGGCAAUGAUAUCUACCCAGCAUUUAGACUGAUCCUGCCUGAUAAGGACAGAGAUCGUGCAAUGUAUGGAAUGAAAGAGAAGGUCAUUGGGAAAAUGCUGGUGAAGAUUAUGAAGAUCACCAAAGAGUCAGAAGAUGGCUAUAAUCUGCUUAAUUGGAAGCUACCAGGCCAGUCUACGGCUACUCGAAUGGCGGGAGACUUUGCUGGGCGGUGCCACGAUGUUCUUUCAAAGCGCCCGAUGCGUACUGACCCAGGCAAUAUGACUAUUGAAGAAGUAAACGAGAAAUUGAACCAACUUUCGGCGGCCGCGAAGGAGGACCAGCAAUUACCAAUUUUGACUGAUUUUUACCGGCGCAUGAACCCUGAUGAACUCACAUGGCUCAUUCGUAUUAUCCUUCGUCAGAUGAAAGUUGGGGCGUCUGAGUGCACCUUCUUUAAUGUCUGGCACCCUGAUGCUGAGAACCUGUAUAGUAUCUCCAGCAGUCUUCGACGCGUAUGCUGGGACCUACCAGAUCCCAAUAUUCGGUUAGAGGCCGAGGAUCGUGGCGUUGGGCUCAUGCAAUGCUUCCAGCCCCAGCUCGCUCAAUUUCAGAUGCAUUCGUUUGACAAAAUGAUUUUGCGAAUGCAAACGACCGAGGAAGACCCAGUGUUUUGGAUUGAAGAGAAGUUGGAUGGAGAGCGUAUGCAGCUUCACAUGACUUCUGAUGAAUCAGUCUCUGGUGGUAGAAAGUUCGCGUUCUGGUCACGAAAAGCCAAAGAGUAUACCUAUCUUUAUGGUCAUGGGAUAGAUGACAAAAAUGGAGCACUAACCAGGCAUUUGAAGGAUGCUUUUGUUGAUGGGGUGCAGAGUCUCAUUCUUGACGGAGAAAUGAUCACUUGGGACCCUGAGCAAGAUGCGAUGAUCCCCUUCGGCACUCUAAAGACUGCAGCCUUAGCAGAGCAACGCAACCCCUUUUCGAACGGACCGCGGCCACUGUUUCGGGUUUUUGACAUUCUGUAUUUGAAUGGACGUGCUUUGACAAGAUAUACUCUUCGGGAUCGGCGUAAUGCCUUGCAGAAGACCAUUAAACCUGUUCAUCGGCGGUUCGAGAUUCACCCGUAUGAAGAAGCCACCUCUGCGGCGGAGAUUGAAACUUCCCUACGAAAGGUUGUUGCUGAGGCCUCCGAGGGUCUUGUUUUGAAAAACCCUCGAUCCCCGUACCGACUUAAUGAGCGCCAUGAUGACUGGAUGAAAGUAAAGCCUGACUACAUGACCGAGUUUGGCGAGUCCCUCGAUUUAGUCGUGGUUGGAGGCUACUAUGGUCAGGGUCACCGAGGAGGUAAUCUAGCAAGCUUUUUGUGUGGUCUACGUGUUGACAGCAAUGAUGGGUCCUCACAAAGUGGAAAUCCCGAAAAGUGCUGGUCUUUCUGUAAAGUUGGAGGCGGAUUCAACGCUGCCGACUAUCAGGAAAUCCGCCAUAACACAGAUGGUAAGUGGACUGAGUGGGAUGCGAAGAAGCCACCAUCUUUCUUAAUAGAACUAGCCGGCGGAGACCUUCAAUACGAACGACCUGAUGUGUGGAUCAGGCCUUCUGAUUCAGUCGUUGUCUGUGUGAAAGCAGCCUCAGUCUGUGGGAGUGACCAAUUCCGCAUGGGCCUCACACUCCGUUUUCCUCGGUUCAAACGGCUGCGAAGGGAUAAGAACUGGAAAAAUGCCUUGUCAGUGCAGGAAUUUAUGGACCUGAAAUCCAAUCUUGAGCAAGAGCAACGGGAAAAGGAGUUUUCGGUGGAAAGCUCUCGGACUAAACGUAUCAAGAAAACAGAAAAGAAACCCAUGAAUAUUGCUGGAUAUGAUGGAAAUCAGAAUGUUCAAUAUUCCGGACCUUCAGGCCAUAUAUUUGAACACCUGAACUUCUUUAUCAUGACCGAGUCAAACGUUGACGGGAAGAAGUCAAAAGGUGAACUUGAACAGCUGGUCAAAGCUAAUGGAGGCAAGAUUUAUCAAACCAACACCGCUGCGCCUGACACGAUUUGUAUUGCCGAGCGAAAGACGGUCAAAGUAGCUUCAGUGCAAAAACGAGGCGAUGCCAAUAUCGUCAAACCAUCUUGGCUGUUUGACUGUAUCAAACAAAACGAGAAAGAUGUGGGGCUGCCAGACUUCCUGUUACCGUUUGAGCCUAGACACAUGUUAUUCAUCACCGAGGGCGGAGAUGCAGAAAUAGUCAUCAAUGCCGAUCGAUUUACGGACAGCUAUGCUCGUGAUACAAAUGUGGAUGAGCUCCGAGAGACUUUAAAGCAGAUGGCUCUUAUCAAGAGCCAGAAUGCCCCUCCUCUCGAUCUGCCUACACUACAUGAAAUUGAAGGCCUUAUCCAAGAUAAAAUUCACUCAGGCUACACAGCUUCCUGUGGCUGGCUCUUUCGUGGCCUCAAGUUUUUGUUCUUCUCAGGACGUCAAACAGACGGGGAAGAUGAGCACAUGGAUUCGGAAGAGUUCAAGGUCGAUGACAAUCGACUCACUCUUGCGCAAAACACUGCUCUGUUUGGCGGGGCAGAUUGUGUCCUUUCGAUUGAUACUGCCGAUAUCACGCACAUAAUUGUCAACCUGCAGAGGGUAGAAUCAGUUGAUAUCACCUCCCUGCGAAAUACCUUGGCUGCUGCCACGGGCAGGAAGAUACCACAUCUUGUCAGUUUUGAAUGGGUCGAGGAGAGUUGGAAAAGUGGGACAUUGUUGGAUGAAGAAGGGUUCCACGUCCCUCGGUAG